AUGGUUUCAUAUAUAAAUGUGCGCGGAGGGAUUCCUGCAACAAAGCACAAGCGUAAAGCAAAUACCACAAAUGAUCAACCAUGCAUUUAUCUAUUCAUACAUGUCUUCAGAUGCUUCUUUCUAAAAGAUAAAUGUGUUCGAUCAAAGAGUGCCCAUGGACUAUUCCUCCCCCUCUCCUUUUGUCACAAAGAAGCUUUGAUCAACUUCAAAACUUGCUCCCAUAUCAGGCUCCUCCUUUGUUCUUUCCUUUUCUUUUUCUUUCAAUCUCUUCUCUUUUUGAACGGGAAAAAAAAAGUGCAUGUAGAUGACUCAUCCCCAUACAAGAUAGUACUACAUGGUUGGGUAGAUUGA